AAGCGACACUAGCAAGUAACGCCUACUGAAACAGAAGAACUCCUAAAUCUUUGAUACGGUACACUUGGAAAUCCAACCUUCAAUUUUGUUUUCUAGUGCAGAAAUGCUAAGAAGUAGAAGUCGACUAGGACAACAAUGGAAUUCAAUGCAACAUUAUCGGUUUCCUGUUGUUUUCACAUGUCUGAUUAUAAUCCUUUUGGUAUACACUUUCACUGUAAGUAAAGAUGAACAAGAACCAACGUCAUUGAAUCAUAAAGGGAUCGGUUUACAGUCUUUAGUUCAAUUGAAUCCUACGGUAGAGUUCAGGAAUGGGACCAAUGUGAUAUCCCAAAUACCCUAUUCUCCCAAAGCUGUUCUGUUCCUAGCUCAUGGGUGCAAUGGUAAAGCAGCGAAUUUUUGGGACAAGUCCCCGGGUUGUCCCAAUUGUGUUGGUCUCCCUGAAGAAAGGCUUAUUGUUCUUCAUGCUCUUGCGCGAAAAUUUGCUGUGCUUGCAGUAUCUAGUGUUGGAAGGUGCUGGACAUUGGGGGAGGAGAAAAUAAUUGUUAAAGGGAUUAUUGAAUGCUGGGUUGAGAAAAACAACUUAGGAGAGGUUCCUCUUGUGGCUUUGGGAGCCUCUUCUGGUGGUUACUUUGUUUCUGUUCUUGCUAACGAUGUUAAGUUUAGUAGUAUAGUUGUUAUGAUUGCAGAAGGUGUGUUUGAACGAAUGGAUAUUCCGAAAAACUAUCCUCCUACCCUUUUCGUGCACAUGCCAAAAGAUAGAAGAAGGAUGCGGCUGAUUGGUGAGAAUAUGGAAGCUCUAAGACAGAAAGGUGUUGAUGUUGCAGAGGUAAAAUGUAUGGAGUUUCCAUUGACUCCAUACCUUUUGUCCGACAGAAUUCCUGGUAUCGAUGAUGCCAUUUCUUUUGAACUGGUUGAGUUGUUUCAUAAAGAGGGUUUUGUUGAUGAGAAUGGAUUUAUGAGAAAGGAUGGGCGUGCAACUCGUUGGAAAGAAGCUCUCAAAGAAAGGAAAAAUGUUUCAUUGGAUAAGAAUAAAUUGGAUCACAUUCAAGAGGAGCUUAAUCUUGCUUUUGCUUACCAUGAGAUGACUAGCUUGCAGAAUGAGCAAAUCUUCAAUUGGUUCGAAUCUCAUAUGAAAUGAUCAGGAUUGUAAUGCUUGAAUUAUAGGUGCACUUUUCAAAUGAUACGAGUAGUUUAAAAAUAGAUAUCAUACUUGAUGAACAAAAAACUUCUAACUCGAACAGUUGACCAAUUGGAUGGCAAAGAGGAUCCCUGGCGCUUGGCUUAAGCAGAACGGGCGGAUACAGAUUUCAUAGGUUGAAUUUGAUGCAAUUUACAAAGUUUCAUGCCAGUGCACCACAAUGUAGCAUAUGUUAUCAAUCCAAGAAUGUACCUGAUGUUAUUGGAAUGCAAAGGGAAUAAGGAACUGGUUGUGUUACUCUAUUCCGAAAAGGUUUGGUGUUUCAAAUUUACCUACGGCCGCAUAAGAAUAUGCGUCGCUCCAUCCUUCAGAGUUCAAGGUAUAGUUCUUUCUUUUGUUCUUCUUUUUCUUGCAUUUUUCAUUUUAGUCAGUGUCCAUUUAUCACUUGUGUUAAUUGACUCAAUUUUUAAUAUCUGUAUCUCUAUUACUCCCUCCGUUACUUUUUAAUAGGCCAGUUUCUAUAAAUAAAUAUUUCAAAAAAAUAGACCAGUUCCCUAAUUGGGAAAGUCAAAUGUUACUUUAA